UAAAACUAUGGAAAUUUUAUUAAUAUUUACAAAGAAAUACUCCCUCUGUCCCAUAAUAAUAGUAGCAAGUGAAUAUUUAAACGAGAAUUAUUGGCGAAUACAGCUGUAAGUUAGGUUGUAGCGCAAAGUUGGGAAGAUUUCAAUCAAAAUCAACAUUUCAUGAUAUCUGUCAUUUGUUUUGACACAUCUUUCAAUUUUUAGAUUAAUCUAAUUAUUACCAAUUAUAACUGUUUUUCUAAUUAAAAUUGUUUUAUAUCAGUUGAAUAUCAACCCAUUGUAAAAGUAAGAUGAAAAAAACAGAGUUUUCAAGCAAAGAUCGAGUUGCGAUUGUCCAGUUCUUGCCAGUUCUUGAUCCAGAUUUUAAGCUCACGCAUAUAGGGAAAGCAAAGCUUCGCAGCUAAGGGAUCCUACCUACAAGUUUAAAAUGCAGUAACGAAAUUAUUCAAAAAUCCAGAAACUAUCUGAUCGCUCAAAAUAAAAAUUAGAAGUAAAAUUUUUAAUUUAUUGUUUAAUUUAAUCUAGUUUUUUGAUAAUAAAUGUUGCGUUCUAUAUUUCUUUUCUUUUGCUACUAUUAUUAUGGGACUGUUUAAAUAGCGAUCACAGUGUCCCCAUGUGAACAACGCGUGAAGCAUUCUAGUAGCGUAAGUUGCGCGUUUCAGCGAUGGAGAAGAAAUUUGUAGAUCAGAAAGAAUAUUUAAAGAAAUACUUGUCCUCCGGAGAUGGCGACGAUAAAAAGAAGAAAAAGAAGAAGAAGAUGAAACUAGGAACUAAAACAGUUAAAAUCGUUGAUGAUGACAUAGACCUGAAGAACAUGAGACCUAUGGAAGAAAAUGAAUUUGAUAUCUUCGUGGAUGCAGAAGAUGCACCUCAAAUUGCUGGUGUAGUAGAUGAACGUGGACCGGUUGACUUCUCGGAUAAAAGGAGAUGGAAAAUUGUAGCGGAUGACGAAGGUGGAGACUUGACCGUCACCAGUUCUAACAAAGAAAACAAACAAUCUAAAAAAGUAAAGAACCAUGAUUUAUCUCCAGCAAGAAAACAAAAGAAACACUUAGAUAAUGAUUUAUCUCCUCCGAGAGUAUCCAAAAAGAACAAAACAGAUGCAGAUAGCGAUUUAAGUCCACCUAGAAGGAAGUCUAAGAAACAUGCGCACAAAGCUUCACAAAAUAAUAGUGACAGUGAUAAUAGUUCAACAGACAUUCCAACUGGUAAAAUUAAAAAGAAAACAAGGAGGAAAGAGAGAUCUGAUUCUGAUUUGAGUCCACCAAGAAAGAGUAAAAAGAUCAUAAAACAUAGAGAUAAAAAUGAUUCAGAUUUAAGUCCUCCUAGAAGAAAUAGGAAAGAUUCUGAUUCAGAUUUAACCCCUCCUAGGAGAAGUAGAAAGUACUCUGAUUCAGAUUUAAAUCCACCAAGAAAUGAGAAACAUAAAAACCAUGACUCUGAUCUGAGUCCUCCAAGGCAGAAUAAAAAGCAUAAAAACAAUGACUCUGAUCUUAGUCCACCAAGGCAGAAUAAAAAGCAUAGAAACUAUGACUCUGAUCUUAGUCCACCGAGGCAGAAUAAAAAGCAUAAAAAUUCACACUCUGGACAUAAUGAUUUCAGUCCACAGAGGGAACAUAAGCAUAGAGGUUCACACAAAGAAAAAAAUUAUAAACAUUCUGAUAAGAGUUCCAAGCCAUAUCGGAGAUAUUAUGAUUCAGAUAUGAGCCCACCUCGAAGAAAGAAUAGAGAUAUUAGCCCUAGCAGAGAUGGCAAUGAUUUCCAUAAGUCUAAAAGGAAUAGAUCGGAUGAUAAAUAUAAACGCGAUUCUCACACAGAGAAUUCUUCUAGAAAGGAAAAGUCGAGGCAUAGAGAUACUGACUAUGCAGAUAAUGAAAGACGAAUGAAGAAGACAUUAGAUGGAAAGACAGCAGGAUUGCAAAAUGCCAGGGCUUUAAGAGAAGAAACAGAGGCGCAUAAAAAACGAGAAGCUGAACACUUCAACAAGCUUAGCAAAGAAGUUACCGGGGUCGGUCAAGCAGUGGUUCUACGCGAUUCAAAAACUGGAAGAAAACGUAACUUAGAAGCUGAAGCGGCCGAGGAACGUGAGAAACAAAAGCGACAAUCAGAAUUGAAUGAAAAAUAUGCUAAAUGGGGAGCAGGUUUGAAACAGGUAGAGGAUCGUGAAGAGAAAUUAAAAGAUGAUCUCUAUGAAAUGAGUAAACCAUUAGCAAGGUAUGCCGAUGAUGCUGAUUUAGAUAAAAGACUCCGAGAACAGGAGAGAGAAGGUGAUCCCAUGUUGGAAUAUAUCAAACAGAAACAAAUAAAGGAAGGCAAGAGGAAACCAGACCGACCAUCGUACCAAGGAUCAUAUAUGCCAAAUCGUUUUGGUAUUAAACCGGGUCACAGAUGGGACGGGGUGGAUAGAAGUAAUGGAUACGAAAAACGAUGGUUCGAGGCUCAAAACGCGAAGGUAGCGCGUCAAGAAGAAGCUUACAAAUGGAGCACUUCGGACAUGUAAAAUAAAAGUAUCUAUUUUCUAUAAAUUAUCGACGAGAAAUUGUAAAACACAAUUUCUACUUAAUAAACAACACUAUAAAUUCGUUAA